AUGGGGCGUCGUGGAAAGCCGCUGAAGAAACAGGCGACAACACCACCCGUGACUGUGAGAGUUUUCUCACAACUCUUAAUUAAGGGAGAACCUGAAGCAACAAAGGAAGGACAAGGAAUCGUUAUACAACUGGUGACAACUUUCACAUCGUGUGUGAGUGAGAAGCAAUCAGAAACACUGGAACCAAUUGAAGAAGAGGAAAGGGAAAAGAUGGAAGAAGAAGAUGAAGAUGAAGCCAAGCCAAAACAACCGUGGGUUGAUAUUGUCAGAGGAAAAAUGAUACAUGAUAAUAUUAUCAUGGCUCAUAAAUUGGUGAGAGGGAGCUUAAUUUUCCUACAAAGUUUAUCACCUGGGUUAUGGUUUGUGUCUCAACUGUUUCUUAUAGGGGUGACAUUAUUUCUGUAA